AUGACGGUCACCCGAAACCGACUCGACUUCUUUGGGGUUUUAACAAAACCUCCAAAGGCAAUCUUAGUAGGAUUGACAGAAAAUGUCAUUGGACGGACAUAUAAUUCAGCGCAUUGGACAAACGUUAUUCUGGAUCCCGAUUCGAGUGACAGUAGUGAUUUGGUGAGUAACCGUGACAUUUUGUAUUCAUCGAAACGAAAUGGGGGUGUAGAACAGCACGAAGAGAUGCACAUCUCGCCAAGGGAAUUGUGCUCACUGGGCAACCCUUGGCAGUGGUUUUGCCCUUGUGAAACUGAUUACGGAAUCGUUGAUCUUGGUCUCGGGAAUUACCCUCAGUACCUCAAUACCGCCCAGUGCAUUCAAAAACCAUGCCAUGGAAAAUUUAAUCCCUGUAAAGUUAUUCACUACAAGAUGCACAUUCUCAGCCAGAGGAAUCUGGAUGACGUAAACAGCGGGAACGAUGAGUCGUAUAUCGAGCAACUAAUUCUCCCCGAGUCUCUCCGCUCAAAAUGGCAAUUAAAGCCGAUAAAAGUACCAGUCGCUUGCGUCGCUUCAAACGAAGGAAGAAACAAUUAA